UCUCGGCGUCGUCCUCAAGACACACACCGCUCGUCGGCCUCAAGACUUCAAAACAAAAGAGCGUUAAACGCGAAUCAAAAUGUCCGCCCAAAUCUCCAAGAAGCGCAAGUUCGUGGCUGACGGUGUCUUCCGCGCCGAGCUCAACGAGUUUUUCGCCCGUGAGCUCUCUGAGGAGGGCUACUCGGGUUGUGACGUCCGUGUCACCCAUGCCCGCACUGAAAUCAUCAUCCGUGCCUCCAUGACUCAGGAGGUUCUCGGUGAGAAGGGUCGCCGCAUCCGUGAGCUUACCGCUCUCGUCCAGAAGCGGUUCAAGUUCCCCGAAAACGCUCUCGAGCUCUACGCCGAGAAGGUCCAACACCGUGGUCUCUCUGCCGUCGCCCAGGCUGAGUCCCUUCGCUACAAACUCCUCGGUGGUCUCGCUGUCCGCCGUGCUUGCUACGGUAUCCUCCGUUUCAUCAUGGAGUCCGGCGCCAAGGGUUGCGAGGUUGUCGUCUCUGGCAAACUCCGUGCUGCCCGUGCCAAGUCGAUGAAGUUCACCGACGGUUUCAUGAUCCACUCCGGUCAGCCCUCAAAGGAUUUCGUUGACUACGCCGUCCGCCACGUCCUCCUCCGCCAGGGUGUCCUUGGUAUCAAGGUCAAGAUCAUGAAGGGUUGGGAUCCCGAGGGUGUCCUUGGUCCCCGCAAGCCCCUUCCCGACUCCGUCCAGAUCCUCGAGCCGCCCGUCGACAAGGUUGUCCUCGAGCCCUCAUCAGAGUCGAAAGAGCCAUUUGUCGCCGCACCCGUUGCCGUCCAGCCUGGUGCCGCUGCCGAGGGUGAGCAAUAUGCUGCACCCGCGGCUGAGGGCGCCUACCAGGAGGGCUUCGAGGCUCAGCCCGCGUUCUAAGCGGACUACCUGGGGAUGUUGUAGGAUUUGUGCUACUUUUCUCUCUUUAUCACGAUGCUAUGCGCUUGAGUAGGCGUGUUUGCAUGCUUUGCCAUGCCUCAAUGAAUAUGCUUAAACCUC